AUGUUUUUCAAAUUUUCUGCUCUAUUGAUUUUGGGGUCACUGCUAUCAUCAGCGGUGAUCUUAGCCGCCGAACCAGCCAGCAAACAAAAUUCAACCUCCCCGAAAAAUGUUAGCGUGGACGAUACAAUUUUUAAGCUACCCAGUACUAUCGAUGAAGAUGAGUUGCUACAUGAAAUGGGUCUCUUUAUGCAGAGCCUGAUGCGUUUAGAUGUGGACCCCUGUGAAAAUUUCUAUGAAUAUGCCUGUGGUAAUUGGAAGACGAGUGAGCGAGUACCAUCAUCCGGACGCAAAGAUUCUAUACUACGGGUUAUACAAAGUGAAAUCAAUGAUUUAAUUGUGGGCUUUUUGAAAAAUUCCACCAAAGAGUCAAAAACUGCCGAGGGGAAGGCCAAGACAUUCUACGGAUCCUGCUUGAGUGCCAGUAAGGAUAUUAAUUUGGGUUUGAAAACGAUGCUGGAUAAUGAGAAGGAGAUAUUUGGUAAGGUAAAACUGACGGGAAAAAACGAUUGGAUUCCGCUGAAUUUUAUGUCACCCUAUAAUGUUUUCCCUCUCCUCCCGAUGAGUGUGAAUUAUAGCACGUUUAGUCGGCAAUUUGAGAUUUCGAUUAAUCGGCCCAUAGAGGUUUUGAAGAAUUUCUAUAAUACCUCACAAUCGGAUGAGUUGCUGCAGAAGCUGGGUCAGGUGGCUUCGGAAUUUAAGGUGAUGUUGGAAUUUGAAAAGAAUUUAACAUCGAAGGUAGCACAUGACGAAUUUUCGGAAAGGUUGACAAUGAGGGAGUUUCUCAAGCAGCAUGAAGAGGAUCCUGUGGAUUGGCAACUCGUAUUCAAAACAGCUUUUGGAGAUUCCGUGCAAUCAGAAUGGUAUAUACAAAAUCAAAUUGGCAACUUUACCGAUUUGGAGAGGUUUUUGAGAAAGUCAUCCACGGAAAAUUUGCGUAAUUAUGUCAAAUGGAGAACCCUAGUGAAAUUUUAUAAAAUAUGGAAAACCGAUUUACCCAAUGAUGAGAAGAGAGAGCAGGUGUGCCGCCAACACACCGAGUCCUAUUUCACCUAUGGCAUAUUACCCUGGUUCAUUGAGCAUCUUUAUGAUGCAGAGCGAAGGGAGGAUUCUCUGCGCAUUGCCCAGACGAUUUUGCUGAGCUUCUUGAACAUUACCGAAAAUUACAGCUGGUUAGAUGAUGAUACCAAAUCGGAGGUGGUAUCGAAGCUACAGGCCAUGGACAUUAUGGUGGGCUAUAAGGAUGAAAUGCGCCAUAGGCAGUUGAGUGAUCAAAUUUAUACAGAUUUGGUGAUCGGUGGGGAUUGGUAUAAAAAUUUAUUAACUCUAGAAGCCAAUCAUGCCAGGGUACGUCUACAUUCGGUACACAAGACAGUUGUGCCACCGAUCCUCUCACCCUAUAGUGUCAAUGCCUUUUAUGCGGAUUACAUCAACACGGCCUUCGUGACCAUGGGCAUAUCUCAAAUGCCAUUAUAUCACCCUCAACUACCAGCCUCUCUCAAAUUUGGAGGCCUUGGAAUGCUAAUUGGCCACGAAAUGGCUCAUGCCCUCGACUCCAAUGGCUAUCGCAUUAAUUAUGAAGGAAAACCCUAUAACUGGUCCGGAACAUCCUUAAGACACUUCAAGGAGAAAAUACGCUGCCUCGAGAAUCAAUAUAAUAAAUUUAUUUAUCAUGGCAUACAAACAAAUGGUUCGGUUACAAUGCCGGAUAAUAUUGCUGAUAAUGCGGGCGCGAGAUUGGCUUAUCAUUCAUAUAUGGAAUUGUAUGGAAGGAAUGAGGGUCUAGAGAGGCCAUUACCGGGUUUGGAGUUCACCAAUAAUGAAUUAUUUUUUAUUAAAAUGGCACAGACUUGGUGUUCGGGACGUGAUGAUACCUUUAAGGUGCAGCAUAUUAAGACUGAUGCCCAUGCCUAUGCUGAAUUUAGGGUAUUGGGACCUCUCAGGAAUAUGCCGGCAUUUUCGCAGACAUUUCAAUGCCGUCUUGGAUCACAAAUGAAUCCUCUCAAGAAGUGUACUGUGUGGUAA